UUCACCCAGGGGCUGUUCACGUUGUUGCAUCAUUCAAUUAGGCAGUCUUUCAAUUAAUUUAUACGUAAGCAUCGCUAAAUGGACGUGUUUGGCAGGAGUGCCGCGUUCUUAAGACGUCGUGUCAGGUUAAAAAUGACUGUUAUAACGUGUCUCGAGACGCAUGCAUUCGGCUCUAUUCGUUGGGCUGCAUCUAGCUCUUUUAACGAUCUGAACAGCUCCAUAUUCUUGCGCACCUAUAAGACAGUACAUUAUGAUUUAGUCCAUAACUAUGAGUCUCAAAACCCCUAGUGAGCAGUCUAGGGGUUAAAAUUAAAUGAAUGAAUAACAGAUUCGUUAAAAUAAUUGUAAAUUAUUUUUAUUUUGCAGAAAUGUAUUUUGUUCUUUAUUCAAGAUGCAUUUGUUCAAUAUUAAAGUGCUUUGGGCUCUUGAUCUUUCACUGUUAUUUGACAGGCUUCAUAUUUUCAUUCUUUAGGUCUUUGUAUGAAAAAAAAAAAAUGUUUAAAGACAGGCAUGUUCUUGAUUAUUUACAGCCCGUGAGUUUUGUUUAUUUGUUUGAGUUUGGUGUCCUGUACUAGGAUCUAUUCUCAACCCAGUGCUCUUUCAAGGUAAUUUGAUAGUCAGGGUAAAGGUCAGCAAAAAGUCCAGCCUUGUAAAAAGACCCCUAGUGGUUGGAACCCCAUACUGAACAGUCAUUGUUCCAUACUUGGUAGCUUGAAUUAGAUGUGUUCUUGAAUUGAAUUGGGGAACAAACCUAUUCUUUGCGAUUUGUGGAGCUUGCAACAUGGUCUUUUAACCAAAAGUUUUUUUUAACCAUAAGAACAGUCACAGCAUUGUGCUCUGAUGGAGAAUACUCUGAUUGCAGCUCCAUCUGAAGGAACUUGACCUGGAUUUCUUAGGACAAGGGCAGGGAACUGUGAUGUUACAUAAUAUUGACUGAAUAAGCAAAUAAGAGCUGCUCCAGUUACAGAUGAGAUAUUAACAGUGCAGGACUGGACUAAUAAUUUGAUUAAUUUAAAUUUUCUUCUGCUUUUUUUGUUGUUGUUUUUUUGGAGGCACUAUAAAUACCAUUGGAAAAACUUGUGUCAGAUGGGCAGUUGUAGUAGCAGCAGUAGACUCUUCAGUACUCUGGCGCAGACUCUGAGCAGUGCUCCGCUGGCAGACCCACAUGUUGAUCCUGACGAAUAUGAGUAUGAAUCAGCCGACCCGGACGCACUCUUGCGUGAAUGUGAGGAGGUUUUGAGAAAUCGUCCGCCUCGACUGCACCGAGACUUUGUCAGGACCAGAGACAGCUCGCUACAGAACUCGCCCAUCCGCAUCAUGCAAUGGAACAUCUUAGCACAAGCUUUGGGAGAGGGUAAGGAUGGUUUUGUGCGUUGUCCAAUGGAGGCAUUAAACUGGUCACAAAGGAAGUAUCUUAUAUUGGAAGAGAUCCUUACUUACAGGCCAGAUGUGCUGUGCCUGCAGGAGGUGGACCACUACUUUGAUACCUUCCAGCCUGUGUUGGCCAGCUUGGGCUACCAGAGCAGCUUCUGCCCCAAGCCUUGCUCCCCCUGUCUGGACGUUCACAACAACAAUGGCCCCGAUGGCUGCGCUCUGUUCUUCAGCCGCCGUCGCUUCCAGCUGCUCCAUACUACCCACCUCAGACUCUCUGCCAUGAUGCUCAAGACCAACCAAGUGGCCAUCGUGGCAACUCUUCGCUGCAGGCACACAGGCCAAGUCUUUUGUAUGGUAGUGACACACCUGAAGGCCCGAAGUGGCUGGGAGGCAUUUCGAAGUGCACAGGGAGCUCAUCUCCUAAAACAACUAAAUGACAUUACCACUCGGUCUUACCCGGAGAUGGGACAGGAGGAGGAUAAUCGGACUAGGGUUGGGGAAAGCGAAGAAUGUAUUCCAUUGGUGGUAUGUGGGGACUUUAAUGCAGAGCCAAGUGAAGAAGUCUAUAGGCGCUUUAUGACGUCUCCUCUGGGACUGGACAGUGCUUACAAGUGUCUCGGUGAGGACGGGACCACAGAGCCGCCUUACACCAGCUGGAAGAUCCGGCCCAGUGGAGAGAGCUGCUCAACGUUGGACUACAUUUGGUACUCAGAAAGAGCGUUCCAUGUGGAUACUGUGCUGAGGAUACCCAGUGAAGAGCAGAUUGGGCCAGACCGGCUUCCUUCUUACCAUUACCCCUCCGACCAUCUUUCCCUGGUGUGUGACCUCAGCUUCAAUCAGCAGCGUCAUAGGCUCAUGUAGCUGUUAAUCAUAAGCGCUCUCCAACAGGGUCCCAGAGCAGCUUAGGACUUUCCUAGAAUGUGUGGGUGUAUGUCUGAAUGUGAGAAUGCAUUUAAUUUGUAUUAUUGCUCUGAAUGUUACUUAUAUAAUUCACAUAAAUCUUAUUUUUACCUGCUGAAAUGGGUCUUAUUACACCUUUGAUGACUGAUGCCUAUUAUUUUCAUUGAUGGAGAUUAAUUAUGCUUUUUUUAUUUUGUAUUAUUAUAAUACAGAGCUUGUGCAAUAUUCUGUAAUUUAUUAAGUGCUUAAUAUGACCUCUCAGGAAGACGCACAUUCUUGAUUAAAUAGAUCCAAAACUUGAAAGAUAUUUAUAUUGACUGUACUUUUUUUUUUUUUUUUUAUAACACCGUAAUCAUCAAUAUGUUUGCCAGCGACAA